AUGGACGACUACUCGGUUUUGUCAGACACGGAGCUGGUGGCGGUGCUGCGCCAAUACAACAUCCCACAUGGGCCCGUCGUGGGCUCCACUCGCAAGCUGUACGAGAAAAAGAUCUUUGAGUACGAGACCCAGCGGCGGAGGCUCUCGCCCCAGAACCUGUCCAGCUCGUCGUUCUCCUCUUGGUUCUCUGACUCAGCGGCAGCGGACUCGGAUAAGUACGAUUUGCCCAAGAAGGAGGACGCCCUGCUCUAUCAGAGCAAAGGCUAUAAUGACGACUAUUACGAGGAGAGUUACAUGAGCACCAGGACUUAUGGGGAACCCGAGUCUGUGGGAUCAGCCAAAAACUUUGGGGAGCCUGUGGCUUCACUCUCGGAUUCUGAAACCUUCCACCAUCAGGCACACGGAGACAGCGAAGACAGUCUUUUCACAGCGUGGGAUGAAGAGGGCAAGGAUAGCGACUGCCCACCGUACACCCAGGACAGCACCUACCAGAAUGUCGCGCACUACCGCCCUGCUGCCAGCACCGUCAGGGCCACACUGGGCCAGCCCUAUUACCCCACAGCCUCCUCCACUGCUUCUGUCUCGUACUCCCCACCUUCGAGGCUUGCCCGCCGUGCCAUCCGGCCAGAAAAGCCGCUCCUGGGGGCCGGGCUGGGCCAGGACCGCCAGGUCCCACUCUGGGGCCAGUUGCUCCUGUUUUUGGUUUUCGCUGCUUUCCUGGUCUUCGUUUAUUACUCUAUGCAGGUGGAGGAUGACAACCCCUUCUUGGUGCAUCCCUGA